AUGACGUUCACCAACGGAAACAGCAAUGGCAACGGUUAUGCAGCCCAACACUUGCCUGCUGCCACCAAGUUGAGACGCCUUCUGGAGACUGACGAGAUCGUUGUGGCUCCUGGUGUCUACGACGGCUUUAGCGCCCGCAUUGCCAAUGAAGUAGGAUUUGACUGCAUUUACAUGACUGGAGCUGGCACAUGUGCGUCCAAGUUAGGCCAGCCUGAUCUUGGCUUUGCAUCACUCAACGACAUGCGCGAACACGCUGAGAUGAUUGCCAAUCUCAAGCCAUCAGUACCCCUCAUUGCUGAUGCCGACACGGGGUAUGGAGGACCUAACAUGGUCGCUCGAACUGUGUCGCAGUAUCAUCGCUCCGGUGUCGCAGGCUUACACAUUGAGGAUCAGAUCCAAACCAAGCGAUGCGGCCAUCUUGGAGGCAAGGCAGUCGUUGAUGUUGACACCUUCAUGCAGCGUAUUGGUGCGGCUUACCAAGCUCGCAAACAACUAAACUCGGAUAUUGUCAUCAUAGCCCGCACCGACUCGCUGCAGACGCACGGCUUUGAUGAGGCCGUUCGGCGACUUCAGGCAGCGGUUGAGGCUGGUGCUGACGUUGGCUUUCUUGAAGGCGUCACAACGGCUGAAGAAGCGCGUAAAGUGUGUCAACUCAUGGCACCCACGCCUAUGCUGCUGAACAUGGUUGAACAUGGAGCAACACCCUCCUGGACGCCUGAUGAGGCUAAGGCGUUGGGCUACAAGAUGAUCAUUUUCCCUUUUGCUUCGAUCGGGCCUGCCUACCGGGCUAUCAAGGACGUUUUCGUCAAAAUCAAGCAGACUGGGAGGACUGGACUGGAAAAAGACUUUACACCCAAAAAGCUGUUCACUAUUGUUGGGUUGGAAGAGGCCAUGGCAUUGGACGCUGCGGCGGGAGGGCAAUUGUACAGCAAAGUCUAG